AGCGUAGUACAUGCAUUUGUAUGGGUGGUGGGAGAUGGGCGAUGUACCGUACCCCAGCACGAGCCAACUCAUACUAGCCUAACCUGGCCACAUCCACAUCCAACCACCAACCUUUCAUCUCCUCCACUCCAACUCUCUAUCCCAUCUCAUCCCACACUAUCUCACCCACGGCCGUCGACUGUUUUCGAUUUAGAUCCUCUUUCUCUCCCUAUCCUUGUCGUCCUUGACAGUCUGAUCACUGUCGCUGUCUUUCUAUCCUUUUCUCUGUCUGCGUCUGUCGUUCGCCUCCGUUGGACUUGCCCCGUACGCCCGAUUACGAACCGCCCAACUCUGCAAACUUUGCCUGCCGUCCGCCCUCAACCCAACGCCACUCAUUAGAUUCCACACACCCAACACACCCACAAAUAUAUAGGGCUGAUAAAAUCUGGUUCUAGGUAACCUGGAAUUGGCUGUCCUCUGACGGCUGGUUCCGUUUGAACCUUCCUGCGAGAUCCGCCUACAUAUGCCUGUCUCCCCUAUCCCCUCUUGAAAUUUAUUUAUUAUCUGGCUUGGUUACAUACCUGCACAACUUUGACCGCACCUUCUACUUCGUUAAGGACUGGCGUUAACAUACAGAUACCGUUGGAUGGCUGUCUACGUUUGCUGAGAUCAAGGAAUGGUAAUGCGCCGUGUGGAGUCAGAAUCUGAUUUCGCCUAUACUCGCGCCCAGUAAUCGGCACAGCAGUCAUGGCUACAAGCACUCAAGCGGGGACCCUCCCCAUACAGCCGACAAAUACCAGUUCCUCGGACAACAGUUCCGGGGGUCCUACGAGUUCACCUUUGCUAUUCUUUGUAGCGUUGGGGUUUGGUGUGGUUUUCACCAAUCUCUGGAUUAUCGUUGGCGUAAAAUACUGCUUCAGGUACAAUCAGCGCAACAGACAAAUACGAAACGAAGAGAAUGGCGACCCCAUUGAUCUGGUUACCGUUCCAAGAACCCAUCGGAGACGGCGCGAAAAGAAGCUUAUGAGCAUGGACGAUGUCAAUGCCCGCUUUCCUUUGAUGAAGUACAAAACCUGGCGGGCAACCCGUGCGGAUGAAGGGCUUCCAACUGCUGGGGGCAUACAGGCGCCAACUAGUAGACCGCAGAGUUUGAAGAAUGAAGGGGGAAGCAUCAUACUCUCAUCCGCUGAAAACCAAGAAACUAUCGUCCAGAGUUAUCCGACCACAAAUGCCGAAUCAUCAAAUGAGCCAAAUCCACAAACAGAGCCGGAAGGCGUAAUUCUGCCUGCUGUGCAGAAGGAAACCAUUGCUUCUAGGGUGGAAAGCAGGCCCUCAACCGAACAUUUAAAAGAAACAUCAGGAUUCAUGGAGGACGACGAUGACGCCGAUGAACACAUCCGUAACGCUGUCCCUGCCGAACUACUUGCGAACCCUGGGGAUACCUGCGCCAUCUGUCUUGAUACGAUUGAAGACGACGACGACGUCCGUGGUCUCAGCUGUGGUCAUGCGUUCCAUGCAUCCUGCUUGGACCCUUGGUUGACAAGCCGACGCGCAUGUUGCCCUCUAUGCAAAGCUGAUUUUUACGUUCCGAAACCGCGCCCGGAGGGUGCGGAAGGAAACCAGACUAGCUCUUCUGGUCGCAGCAGGCGCAAUUUGAAUCGAAAUAAUGACCCUACAGAACCAGAGCGCGCUUUCUUCGCUGGCCGGGCCAACCCGUUCGUGUCGCGCCUCGUACUUCCAGGACGCUUCAUCACCAUAGUUCCUCCCGAUGAACGAUAUCCCGGUUUCCCGAGACCUGUUUACGAACUGCGAAACUCAUCUCGUCGAGGGCGGUCCAAUUCUUCAAAUAACGCGGCAGAUGGCUCAACGACAUGGAGAUCACGACUCCCUUCCAUUAAUUUCCCACCUGUAACCUUUUCUCGAUUCCGGCUUCCAGGUAGGAGGAACCAGAACGCAACGGAACAGGCUUCCACCACCCCUAAUGAACCAUCGCCACGGCAACUUGAAUCGGGGCUUACCUGAAUCUUCUUGUGCUUCGCAAGCCAGAUUCAUGCAACCAGACGUGCGUAAAUGCCGUAAUGACUUGCCAAUCCCAGUGUAUAAUUGAGGAAGCCGAUUUUUCUUUUCUCAUAUCUUAGCAAUGCACCACCUUACCUUUAAAUCUCAUAUGGACAUAUAUCCCGGCGAACACUCAACGAUUACCGCUUUCAAUCAUCUCACGCCUAUUUUUGGUGCAUUCCUACAUCCUACACUCUGUAUUCUGAUGAAGCAACGGACUGGCGCCUUUCUAACGGACUGACCACCUUCCACUAGCUAGAUAUUUCACUCGCUAUUCGCAUUGCUCUAGGCAUUCCAAGAGUAAGAUCAAGUUCCCCGGUUGGAUUUAGGUAUUAUCGAGGUUUUGGCAGGAGUACUUCAUUUCCGUUUUCGAAGAAUAAUUUCCUCAGUCCACGAGAGAAGGCUACCGCGCUCACACGCCACAACGCACAAUAUUAUAUAUACGCAACGCGCAGAAAAUAGCCGUUUGAGAUGUUACGUUUCCAUCUGUACACACCACAUAUUGCACAGACUCCCACCUAGCGACAUAUGUUCACCCAUCCUGGCCUAUCGUGUCUGUAUUUCGUUUCACGUCUCCAGUCAUAUCUGUCACGUCCAAGGUGGUUGAUCUAUUCGCAUCACCACCAUAAAUUUAUCACGACCGAACAUACAUCAUUCCCAAGACUUUUAACGCAGUAUACCCCAAUCCCACUCUCCUCAGUCGACAAAUGGUUCCUUUAAGACUAGAAACCUAUGUGUAUUUUUCCCCACUAUCAUGCUUUGUUAUGCGGACCCUAUUAUUGCCUUGUGUAGUCUUUUGUGUGUGUGUAGCCCCUUUGCCCCUCUUCGUCCACGUUGGUUCUUUAUUUUUUUACUUUUUUUAUUUUUUAUCAAUCAAAUCGAGCGAACUGUAUUUAUUUGAGAAUUUUCCUAUUACGUGUUUUCUUUAGCCAGCCAGAUAUAGCCGAUGCCAGGUCACAUACAAUAAAUAACUUAGUUAUCUUUCUUUGUCUUUUUUUUUAAAAAAAAAAAAAAUAAAAAAAACGGAGUCACGGGGGACUCGUCAGACCAUGGAAAGGGAACCAGAGUAAAUAUUUUGAUUUUUUUAUGUAAGCUAAGCUCUUUGCUCAAUAUGGUAUAAUUGAUAUUAUUUCCCCUAUCCAAUAUCUAUCUGUUUUCUGAUUACCGCUCCCGGUGGCGGGCUGACACCUGACCCGUUCCUACAGGCAUAUCCGGCCAGGCAAAAAUUUCACUCAAGUUUCCUGUUUAUUUGAGAGAGCAGGAUCGACCAUGCCUAGAAAACAUUAAGCACAUAACAUACAUACAUGUACACCGGUGGUAUGGGGGUACAUGUGUGUGUAUUGUAUACAUGUACUUGUACAUAAUUUUAAUGGGCGGCUACGGCGACAGUGCCUCGAUGCCCGGAACCGGUUUACAGAGACGAGGGUCAGUGUAAAAGACCCAGGCCCACCGGUUUAAUACAUGCACUGCCCCCUGUUGGAGCAUGGCGCUGUGGUUUUAUUGAGUGUGGGGAACGAACGGUUAUUAUUUACGUUUACUCGAGGGGAAUAUGUGAGACAUUGGGGAAGGGCGUGUAUGGUAUGUGUGUAGGCGGUGGCAUGGGCUAAUAGCUAAUGCCUGUGUAGAGUGCGGAUUGCAAAGCAGGAUGAUUAGGAGAUUCUCAGUGUGCUUUGGCGUUGGCAGGGGGGUUCUAGUUCGAGGCGGUGUCACUGUAUGUGGUUUGUAGCGAGCGUGUAAAUAAAUUGCAUAUUUGCCAACUGAGCGGCAUGUAAAUUCGGUCAGAUGGUCCUUGUGCUGGGUGGGUGAUCGUAGUGACCUCAAAUAACAAUGGGUUUAUCGUGAUGGGAAAAGUGAGAAACUGGCGAAAUGAAGAAAAAGCAGCAAAACACCGGUCGCUUGAACCAUUAUCGUUAUGUAUGUUUAAUAUGGAGUUAGUUAGCACAGAGGUAUCCAAGGAUGGUGAUAUA